GAAUGUGUGAGUCGUCUGUGUUUAUUAUCGCUUGGUAAUGGCUUUUGCAAAGCAUUCUUUACAGAUUACAAUGCUUCCAAGGGAAGACAAUUAGGCUGUAAGCUCGAUGGAGCGAAACUUAGCAGGAAAACUCACAAAAGCUGGGAACAACUGAGGCGUCAUGAUCCUGAUGUGGAGAUUUCCGACGAAGUCACCGAGCAUCUUUUCGUGAGUAACAGCAGCGUUUUAUGUGGAGUUUCUCUGGAAGAAUUGGAGGACAUUUUUCUCCCCUUCGACCCCGACGCUUCCUUUACUGUGUUUCCCAAUAAGCGGUCCUACUCUUUUGUGAGCUUCUCUUCGAAAGAACAUGCUUCUGCCGCUAGAGAAGGACUGAACGGAGUGGUGCCGACCCAGCUUAAGGUCUCUCAUCAGCCCUUCUUGAUAUCUUACGUGAAACAAUUACCUAAAGGAGGAUCUCCUGAUGGUUUGCAACUCCCGAAUGAUCUUGUUCUUUUGGAUGAAUACAUCUCAGCGCAACAGGAAGAGGAGCUCCUUCACAUGAUCCUCAACUCAAGCCGUGGUAUGACUUUAUUGCAGCAAACUUCUCUGAAACAUCGUGCUGUAAUUCAUUAUGGUUUUGAGUUCGACUACAGUGCUAAUGCUGCUUUCAAGCCCACUCAUCCAAUCCCCGAUCUGAUUGAGCGACUAGUGGAUAGGAUUGCGAAUGAUGGUCUUCUCGAUUUUCGACCGGACCAAGUUACAGUCAACAUUUACGAGCCUGGUCAAGGAAUACCCUCUCAUUAUGACACGCACUCAGCUUUCGAAGACCCCAUCGUUUGUUUGAGUAUGUGCUCCGAUGUGGUCAUGGAGUUCAAAGACGGAGCGAAUUCGGCACGGAUAUACCCGGUGCUUUUGAAGCGGCGGUCGCUGUGUUUGAUAAAAGGAGAGUCCAGAUAUCGUUGGAAGCAUGGAAUUGUGAACCGCAAACAUGAUAUCAAUCCAGUUACACAUCGAGUGACGCGUCGUCAGCUUCGUGUAUCUAUAACAUUGCGAAAAAUACGCCACGAACGCUGUCAAUGUCAAUUCAAAGAAUUCUGUGACUGGGAUAGAGGAGGAGAAAUGGCUGUUCCAUCCGAUGACAAUUCAGCUGAACGUAUAGAACGGUUAUACGUUAAUGGCGUAUACGAAAGUAUUGCGUCGCACUUUGACGAGACGAGGUUUUCCAGCUGGACCGGUGUAAAAAGAUUUUUGAGCUCGUUGCCUGACUUUUCACUAGUUUACGAUGUUGGCUGUGGUAAUGGGAAAUAUUUGAUUUUGGAAGAUAAUCUUUGCAAGAUUGGAUGUGAUAUGAGCCAGAUGUUGUGCGAGAUUGCUGGAGCAAAGGUGUUGAAAGUGGGAGGCAAGGCGUGCAUAACGGUCUGGUCAAUGGACCAGAGCAAUUCCGAGUACUCGAAAAUGAGGGAGAACAAGGACUCUAGCAUUGAUACGCGUCAUUCGGAUAGGUUGUUGAUUCAUGAUGGGAAGGAAUUCAUCCAGCAGGAUAUGCUUGUUCCCUGGAGGAUAGAUGGUACAGGAGAAACAUUUCUGAGGUAUUAUCACGUUUUCGCUGAAGGAGAAAUGGAACAGCUUCUGAAUUCUGUGGACGGGUGUCGAAUAGACAGCAUUGAGAAGGAACAGGGGAACUAUAUUGCUGUGAUAACAAAGCUUGCUUGUUCAAAUUGA